AUGGGGGUUUCGGUGUUUCUAUUGUAUGCGGUGACGGUACUCGGUGUGGCAGCCAGCGACAAUUGUGCCGACAAGUGCUCGUGCAAGUGGAAAAGCGGGAAGCGCACGGUGGAGUGCGUGAAUCGCGACCUGACCAGCAUACCGGAGUGGAUCGAUCCGGAGACCCAGGUGCUGGACAUGAGCGGCAACAACAUCUGUCACCUGCCAAACAACAUAUUUAUACACGUGCGGCUAACGAAUCUGCAGCGUCUCUACUUGCGUGAGUGUCGUAUCGAUCGGAUAGAUAGCGAGGCAUUGGCCGGCUUGACGAAUCUCGUGGAGCUCGAUCUCAGCAAUAAUAUGCUGGCCGCGGUGCCGAGUUUGAGCUUCACCGACACGCCAUUCCUGCGCGAUUUGGUGCUCGCGUAUAACCCGCUUAAGCGGAUUCGCUCGCACGCGUUUAAGAGCACGCCGAAUCUAGUGAAGCUCGAUUUGUCGCACACGCAGCUCGUCGAGAUCGAGGCCAAAGGUUUCCGCGGAUUGGAAAUGCUCGAGAGUCUCAAGCUGAGCAACAAUGAACUGUCUACUCUGCACCCAGGCACCUUCGAGCCGCUUAAUAAGCUGACUAGCAUCGAGCUGCACGAAAAUCCGUGGAUCUGCGAUUGUCAUCUACGUGAGAUGAAGAUGUGGCUGGUAAAGCAUAAUCUACCGACCAUCGUGGCGCCCGUAUGUCACGGACCCCAGCAGUUGCUCGACCGUGCCUUCACCGAUCUCGGUAUCGACGACUUUGCUUGCCGGCCGAUUUUGCUGAUAGCCAGUCGUUAUGCCGAGGCCACCAUCGGCGAGAACGCUAGUAUCGUGUGUCGCGUGAGCGCGAUACCACCAGCAGACGUCAAGUGGUACUGGAACGGCCGGUUGUUGACCAAUCACUCGGCUUUCAGCAGCUAUCAAAAGAUCCUCAUCUUCGAGGAGGGCCAAUUUAGGAAGCGAAGCACUCUCAUUCUCACCAACGCACAGGAGGCGGACUCCAGCGAGUUCUAUUGCGUCGCCGAGAAUCCCGCUGGCUCCGUCGAGGCAAAUUUCACCCUGCACGUGUCUCUAAGAACGGCGGGCAUGUCGACUUUAGGCUCGGGCCAGAUCGCGGGGAUAUCCGCUGCGUUAGUGGUGCUCAUACUCUUCAUCCUACUCAUCAUUCUCGUAUUAUUCAUUCGUUUGCGGAGAAUGCCACUGAAGGACAUGAAGUCGUCGGCGCCGAUGGAAGCGGCGUCCAGCGACGGCAAUGGUGGCAACGGCGGGGGUGGCGGCGGCGGUGGUGGCGGUGACAACAAUCCAUCGUCCGCGACCACUCGCAGAAAACACGAGGAGAUCGAGACGACGUCAUUCGCCCUGGAGUCCAAGCCACCCGCGUCGCUGCAUCUGAGCUAUGUGCAGAGACCGCACGCGGCUGUAAUGCAGGAGAGCGAGUACAGCACAAUUAGCCGUUUCGACGAUCAGAAUCAGCCCGCGGUGGCAGCGAUGCCGGGUGCCGGAUGUUUUUCGUCGACGACAUCCUUGAUGCCGAUCGAUAAUCCGGAUCUCAUCAGGGAUACUCGGCGCGGCUCCACCGAGGACAUCACGCCUUACGGCGUCGCCGAUUACGGCCGCGUCGAAGCCCUAGAUGACGCCGGUAAGAUGCUCUACACCAGCUGCCUAUGGGAGGCGAGGGACAGCUGCGGCAGGACGUCCGCCGUCUCGGCGAACAUGUACCCGUCGAAGGAGCAGCUCGCGGUGGUCGCGCCGGUCGUCGAGCAAUUUCCACCCGGCGCGAAGCAGAUGAGAGUCUGGCAAAAGGGCGUCCCGGUGCUGCCGCCGGUCUCGGCGCUGAAACGCGUCCUGGGAUCCACGCGCAGCUCGCCCGAUGAGGGUUAUCAGGAGGGCACCGGUACCGACGUCUAGGUACCGCUACUUCAUUACUGCGAUGCCCGGCACCGUUAUCUGGAGCUACGUAGACGGCACCAGGAGGACGACACCGAUUGCUAGGGAAGAAUGAAGGAGAAAAAGAAAAA